ACAAAUUCGGUCAUUCUGUUGGCCAUAAUUUUUCUAAAGGUAUUCUACUUGGCAUUUAUCUAUUAAUGCGAAACUGACUGAAGGCGGUUCAUCGAUCUGGCAGCUCUAAAGUCCGGCAGGGAAGAAGAAGCAUCUCAUAUGAGUGGUCUGUGUUUUUAAUAAUUUCAAUUUUAUCCAAAAACUCCCCCAUAAGAAGUGAGUUCAUGUCUGCUGAUACUCGCAAGGAUCCUUGCAAACCCUUUGCCUGCCGCAUACAAGCCUGUUUGAACGAUAAUAACUACCAGGAACACAAAUGCCUGGAUGUGCUUGAGGCUAUGCGCCAGUGCUGUCUUAAGUGGCAUACCAAAUCGCUCUGCUGCAGUGGAAUCGACCUGAACAAGUCCUACUUACCAGAAGCUGCCAAAGACAAGCUCCCAGCCGGCAAGUCCAAAAAAUAAUGUCCGUGCCGCAGUAUCAGCCACCGAAAGAAAUCCAAGACCUGUUAGAUAAAAAAGAGCAACAGCAGAUCAACCAGCGCCGGC